GAAUUGUUCGACCGUUCCUCCUGAUCUGGAACAAUGAUGACUCUUUUGCAUAACUUACAUUUUGCAACUCAAGAUUCUCUAAAUUACAAAAUCUCCCCUUUUCCCAGAUCAUCGUCUUCUUCUUUCUCCAACGUUCGGCUUCCGAUUAAAAACAAUCGAAUUCCCUGCAACAAGCUGAGAAUGGAUUCCUCUGAGAAAACUUCAGCUUGCGCUCAACAGAAGAUCGAGAUUCCGAACAGCCACAACGAGAAACUGUUGGGUCUGCUUCACGAAACUGGUUCAAGAGAAAUUGUGGUCUUGUGCCAUGGAUUUCGAUCCAACAAGAAUAACCAAAUCAUGAAUAAUGUGGCUGCUGCUAUAGAGAAAGAAGGGAUCAGCGCUUUCCGUUUUGAUUUCUCUGGGAAUGGAGAGAGUGAAGGCAGUUUCUAUUAUGGUAACUAUAACCAUGAAGCCGAUGAUCUACAUUCUGUUAUCCAGUACUUCUCUAGCUUGAACCGUGUGGUUCCUAUUAUUCUCGGGCACAGUAAAGGAGGUGAUGUGGUCCUUCUCUAUGCGUCCAAGUAUCACGAUAUCCGCAAUGUAAUCAAUCUCUCGGGACGUUAUGACCUGAAAAAAGGCGUAGUAGAGCGUCUCGGGGAAGAUUUCUUGGCAAAAAUUAAGCAACAAGGAUUCAUCGAUGUUAAAGAUGGAAAAUCAGGGUAUAGGGUUACUGAGGAGAGCUUAAUGGAAAGGUUGAACACUGAUAUGCAUGAAGCUUGUCUCAAGAUUGACAAAGAAUGCAGGGUCUUGACGGUUCAUGGAUCGGAUGAUGAGGUUAUACCCGUGGAAGAUGCAAAAGAGUUUGCAAAGAUCAUACCUAACCACAAGCUGGAGAUUGUGGAAGGAGCUGAUCAUUGUUAUACCAAACAUCAAAGUGAAUUGGUUUCAACAGUUAUGGAGUUCAUAAAGACAGUCAUCGUGAAGAACAACUAGUCUUAUUUUUCUUUUAAGCAACUUCUGAUUUCAUAGAAACAAAAGCGGUACACUGUCUUGUUUAUUUGAUCGAGCUUAUGUAAUCCAACAUCUACAGAGCCAAUUCAUCAUCAAUAUUGAAGCUGUUCUAAUU